CGUGGAGUGUGAGCGCGCGCCGGCCGCCCAGAGUCGCGGAGUGGGCGGGGGACGGAGGGCGCGGUGACAGUGGACAGUGCCGGACCGGUGCCGCUGUGUGGCGGCGGUCAGUGUCGGACCGCAGCUCCGCCCGGCGCCAGCGGGUGUCUGAGGGAGGGUCGCGGGUCGUGUGCCGGCCGCGUCCGUCGGUAGGGCAGGCGACGCGCCGCCCGCCCAUCCAGCUCACACCAUGCUACAGAAGGUCUCCCCGGAACCCAUGGAGAACUCGAGCGGCUACGUGUCCAACACCAACUCGAUGAAGCCGCCGCCGGUCAAAUACGCCACGGUGGGCCGCAGCCGGCCCGGCGGCGUGAAGCGCACCUCCUCUCUGGUGGUCUCGCAGCCAGUCGUGCCGCCGCCCGCCGUCUACAAGGCGCCGCCGAGACAGCGCGAGCUGCGCAAACUCUACAAGAACGACCUCUCCCGGCCGUCGUCCCAGGCGUCCCGCAGUAGCGGCGGCUCGGGCGCCGGGCGACGGCCGUCCUCGCGCAGCUCGCGUGAGGCCAUGUCGGAGCGGGCGUCACGCCAGCGCGCUGGCUCCACCCGCCGCUCGUCCUACUCCAAAGUCCGCCGACCCGAGUCUCGCACCUCCUCCAAGGCGCUGAUCCUGCGCCGUCGCGAGUCCAGCCGCCGCGACGCGCCGCAGCGGUCGUCCUCGAUCCGCUCUGGCCGCGAAGCGCGCGAUGUGCGUCCCGACUCGCGCGCCUCGCAGGCGAGUCAGCGGCCGGCCGGGAAGCAGUCUCGCUCCAUUUUUGGCUCGUGGAAGCCGCGCAUCACCCUGCGCCGCUCCAAGUCGCUUCAGGUGAAGCCGGAGCCGGUAAAGAAGCGAGAGAUCCGCUUUGGCGACGAGUACGAACCGAGUGUGAUCAUGAUGAAAGGCGUGGAGCACCGGCGGUCGGAGGCGGGCGCGCGCUCCAUGUCGGCGCGUGCCGACGCUCCGCCGUCGGGUCGCCGUCUCACACAGACCCUGAACCGCCCGCCGCGCCGCUCCAGUCCGCCGACCCGCUCUCAGCGCGCCUCCAGCGCCGACGUGACGCGCCGACUGGAGCCGCUGGGAGAGGCGCCCCAGGAGAGUCCGCCGAGGGCCCGCCGGUACCGACCCAACGAGCGGGCCGGCCGCGCGCCCUCGGAGCUCUCCAGCUCGUCUCCGCGCGCGCCCGUGUGGCGGGCCGACUCGGAUGGCUCUCUGUCGGACACGAUGACGGCCCGCUCGCGCGGCUCGACAGUCCGCUCAGCGCGGCACGGCGACAGGUACGCGGCGCGAUCGCAGCGGUCCCGCACCCGAGUCUCAGAGUCCAGCGGCGACAGAAAGAAUGCCGGAGUCAUGGGCUUCCUGCGGCGCAAGUUUUCACUGAAACCUCGCGACAAGCCGUCACCAGCGCCUGUGAAGAAACGCGAGCGAGCAUCAUCGUCAUCACUGUCCUCGCUGGAGCGACCGGCGCGUCACAGCAAGCUGAAGACGGCCAAGUCUCACGAGGUACUGACGGUGGAGCCGGGGCGAGCCGAGGUGGACACGGAGCGGACUACAUAUCGCUCUCUGCCGCGCACACAGCACCGGAGCGGCGCCGGCGGAACGAGUCUAUCGCGCCGGCUCUCCUCCCUCGGCUGGGCCACCGUCGGGCGGCCGACCGAGCGCAGCCACAGCUUCCGCGACGAGCCGCGCAACAACGAGCGGCUGGACCUGCCGGCGCCGGUAGCGCCGCCCAAAGCCACCAACGAGACGAGUCGCGGCCGGCCGCGCGCGCCACCCGAGGAGGAGCAGCCGAUCCAGCCCAUCAUCCAGCAGCGGCGCGCCCUCUCACAGCCGUCCCUGUUCCACCCGGCUGAGGAGCGCGAGCCGCCACAGGAGCCGUUCACGCACUACGCCAACCUGCCGUUCCAGCUGUCUGCACGGCACCGCUCCUCGCCAGACCUGACCGAGCCGCUGGCGACGGCUCCGGCCGCGCGCGCCGCCUCCCAGCCGAGCCUGGUGGUGGCGGGCCGGGCGAGUCGGCGCUCCUCCGCCUCCUCCAGCAGCCUCGAGUCUCCGGACGAGCGGCGCCACUCGUCGCGCGGCCGCAGCUCGGCGCACGGCGCGCACCGCAAAGGCAUCCUGAAGCGGCAGCGCUCGACUGAGCGGCGCCACGACGGCGUCAAGAACGUCAACGUGACGCGCGACCUGGACAAACACGGCCGUCAGCGACAGCACGGCGUGCUGCACGACAUCGCGCACAACAUCAAAAACGUCUUCCGGCACCGGAAGAGCAGCGACCGGCAGCCGUCCGAGGGCCGCGCGGUCGUCCCCUCGGGCGACUCGGUCGUCUCGGAGCGCUACGUCAACGUGACCAACUCGCACGAGGAGCACGAGUCGGGCCGCCGCGAGGAGGAGGUCCACCAUCUGGGCUCCGUCUCCAACGAGGAGGUGCAGCGCGCCAUCCGGGACGGUGUGGACGCCCGCCGGCUAGUCCAGCGCCAGGUGAGCGCCGGCUCCGGCGGCGGCGGCGCCGUGGUGGAUCCGCGCGCGCCGCAGCGCCGCCUCCUCCACCAGCACGGCCGCAGCUGGCGCACCGUCGACACCGACGACCUGCGCGAGACGAGCCGUCGGGACCGGCACGGCGAGCUGCGCACCGAGUCGGCGCAUACCCACCAGCACGAGGAGUACCACGACGCCAAGGUGCGGCCACUAGAGGGAGUGCUUUCAGGGAGGGAGACGGGUGAUGUGUAG